UAUAUGCGCAGGCGCAAGCUAGCAAAUUCAGCAAGUUCAUUGACUAUAUGCCCAACGGAGUAAACACGGAUCGAAGACUUUUAAGCCUUGUGCCAGUUUCAAUUUCGAACGUUUGGUCCUUUUCAGCUUUAAAAUUCUCAUUUUAAUUUUUUUUAAAAUUAUUUUUCUGGUCGAUUAUAACUCUUCGAGAUCGAAAGCUUCAGAGGAAGAGAGAAAAAGAUAAUAAUAAAAAAAAUGGUGAAAAUUCUCUUCGAUUUUCGGGUCCUCCUUUUGCUUGCAGCGGGGGCAUUCAUCUAUAUACAGAUGCGGCUUUUCGCUACACAAUCAAGAUACGCCGAUCGCCUCGCUGCUGCGGUUGAAUCAGAGAACAGCUGUACAAACCAGUUUCGAUUACUGAUUGAUCAAAUUAGUAUGCAGCAAGGACAGAUUGUGGCCCUGGAAGAAGAAAGGAACCGCCUAAAAGAAGAAAGUGGAGAGCUAAAGGCUCUUGUUCAAGACUUUGAAAGGAAGGGUGUACUGAAACAGAUAGACAAAAUACAGGUUCCAGUGGCGGCAGUUGUAAUUAUGGCGUGUAAUCGUGCAGAUUAUCUGGAAAGGACCAUUAAGUCUGUUUUAAAAUAUCAAAAGUCGGUUGCAUCAAAGUAUCCCCUGUUUGUCUCCCAGGAUGGAUCGAAUCCAGAUGUUAAGAGCAAAGCUUUGAGCUAUGAUCAGCUUACAUAUAUGCAGCAUUUGGAUUUUGAGCUGGUAAAAACGGAGCACCCUGGGGAGAUAAUUGCUUACUACAAGAUUGCACGUCAUUACAAAUGGGCAUUGGAUGAAUUGUUCUACAAGCAUAACUUCAGCCGAGUAAUCAUUCUUGAAGAUGAUAUGGAAAUUGCUCCUGAUUUUUUUAAUUACUUUGAGGCUGCAGCUGCUCUCCUUGAUAAGGAUAAGUCAAUCAUGGCUGUUUCUUCCUGGAAUGAUAAUGGACAAAGGCAGUUCGUUCAUGAUCCUUAUGCACUCUAUCGCUCAGAUUUCUUUCCUGGACUUGGCUGGAUGCUGACUAGAUCUAUAUGGGAUGAGCUAUCACCAAAGUGGCCAAAGGCUUACUGGGAUGACUGGUUGAGGUUAAAAAAGAAUAACAAAGGUCGACAAUUUAUUCGUCCAGAAGUGUGCAGAACGUAUAAUUUUGGCGAGCAUGGAUCUAGCAUGGGGCAAUUUUUCAAACAAUACCUCGAACCAAUUAAGCUAAAUGACGUCCAGGUUGACUGGAAAUCAAUGGAUCUGAGCUACCUAAUGGAGGGUGAGUACAUAAAGCACUUUGCCAAAGUUGUGGAAAGAGCUAAACCUGUCUAUGGAACUGAUUUCAUGCUGAAAGUAUACAACAUUGAUGGUGAUGUGCGCAUAAAGUACAAUAACCAACAAGACUUUGAACGCAUUGCCGGCAUGUUUGGUAUUUUUGAAGAGUGGAAGGAUGGCAUACCUAGAACAGCAUACAAAGGGGUAGUAGUUUUCCGCUAUCAAACAUCAAGACGUGUAUUCCUUGUCGGUCCAGAUUCCCUCAAACAACUUGGGGUUGAAGAUGCUUGAUGCAAUAUGAGGCUGAUGACCAGAAUACAUGAGGAGAAAUUACUGGGUAAAGAGUAAAGAGUGAGAUUCACAUGAAACAACUGUUUUCGAUGUAUCAGGUGGCCGCUGCACAUACAAGAUGAUCAUUAGCAAAUUGACUAAGAGGAGCUCGCUCUUAUUACUUGUCUAAAUGGUUUAAUUUUCUUAACUGACUGUUCUUAAGAUUUGAAUUUCUCAACAACUGUACUCAAUGCACUAAUGCCACAUUCAACAAGUGAGCCUAAUAGAGAGGACAUACUUGCUCUCCUCAAGUUGGUAAUCUGCAAAUAUGUGGUGAAAAUAUGCGGCUGGUCUUAUCAUAUAGGGUGGAGAUGCCAUGACUUCUUUAGACUCUUGAGGACCGGAAGUUGUUGUUAUGCAUACCUUGAAAUAUGAUUGUAACCCUAAUCUCCAAUUAUGAUUUUUUGACCGAUGAUGUAUGCAAAUAAUGAAAUUGUUAUUAGAUCUAUUAAGUUAACCACAGGGACUUGAUGUUAUUUAGGGUCUUUGAAUGCCUCAAUAACAUAAUUUUGUUUUCUUUA